GGUACCAUUUGGACGCGAACUCUACGCUUACCCGCUGUGCGCCUAGCCAGAGGAGCCGAUCCACAGCGAAGAUGUUCACCAAGGCGCAAGCCCUGGCCAUGACGCAAAUGAUGGCGGUGAUUUUCUCCAAGCUGCCAGCGCAGGAAGACUACUACGACUUCCACGAACUAUCCGAGACGUACGACUUCAUCAUCGUUGGCGGCGGGUCGGCGGGCGCCCUCUUGGCAAACCGGCUGUCGGCGAAGCCCUCCCUUCGCGUGCUCCUGCUCGAGGCCGGAGGAGUGGAAGACACCCUGAGCGCUGUGCCGCUGAUGGCCACGCUGCAGCUUCAGGGGCCCAAGGACUGGGCCUACUGGACGGAGCCCCAGAGAAACGCAUGCCUCGCGCUCACCGACCAGCGCAGUCCGUGGCCGCGUGGCAAGGUGCUGGGCGGCUGCUCGGCCGUGAACUUCAUGCUGUACGUGCGCGGACACCCCGAGGACUACGACCGCUGGAGCCGCGUGCACGGCGCCACGGGGUGGGACUGGGAGAGCGUGCUGCCCUUCUUCAAACGCUUCGAGGACCAGACCGACAUACGCCUGGCUUCGUCCGGCAUGUACGGCGUGGGCGGCGAGCUGACCGUGUCCAUGCCCGGGUCAAACACACCGCUGGCCAGGACGUUCUUGGAGGCUGGCAAGGAACUGGGCUACGACAUCGUUGACUACAACGCCGGCCGCGGCCAGAUGAUAGGGUUCUCGACCUUCCAGACGACCAUGCGCAACGGUUCCCGCUGGAGCACAGCCAGCGCAUUCCUGAGGCCCAUCUCCGGUCCCGCAGGAAGAAAGAACUUGCACAUCUCCCUGCACUCGACGGCCAACAGGGUGCUCUUCGAAGGCACGCGAGCCGUCGGCGUGGAGUUCGUGAAGAAUGGCCGCAUCCGUACCGCAUUCGCCACCCGCGAGGUCAUCCUGUCGGCGGGGGUCAUCGAGUCGCCGCACCUGCUCCUGCUGUCAGGCAUCGGACCCAAGGAACAGCUGCAAGAGUUUGGGAUUCCGGUGAUCGCCGACCUGCCAGGCGUCGGAGAGAAUCUGGCCGAGCACUUGUAUCCCGGUGGCGUCAGCGCUAGCGUCAAACGCAAGAUCGACAUCGACGUCACGCCGUUCGCCGGACCACUGCUCUUCUACGCCCGCAACAAAGGUCCCUGGACCAUCCCCGGCGGUGUGGAGACGGUCGCGUUCGUGCAGACCGAGCCAGCCAAUGGAACGGCCGCUGAUGUGCCCGACAUCGAAAUCCUGCUCUUCUCUAUGUCGCCGGCCUCCAGCGAAGGCGAGAGGUUCAUGCUCGACAUCGGACUCGAACAAAAGGCGUACGACGAAUACUACAAGCCCUUGCGCGGGAGCCACGGCUACAACCUGGUGCCCGUCCUGCUGCAUCCCAAGUCUCGCGGUGUGCUGCGACUAAAGAGUGCCGAUCCCCGGAUUCCUCCGGCCAUUGACCCCCGAUACCUGUCACAUCCGGAUGACGUCCGGGUCAUUGUCAAAGGCAUGAAGGCCUCGGCGCGCAUCGCCGAGACCGAGGCGUUCAAGCAGCUCGGCUCGCGCCUCUGGCCCCGCCACUUCCCGGGCUGCGAGCGGCACCUGCUGUGGAGUGACGAGUACCUGGAGUGCCUGGCGAGGCACUACACCACCGCCCUGUGGCACCCGUCGGGCACCUGCAAGAUGGGCGGCGGCCGCGACGCCGUCGUCGACCCCGAGCUCAGGGUGCUGGGCGGCGUGCAAAGCCUGCGAGUGGUGGAUGCGUCGGUGAUGCCCGAGCCGCUGUCGGCGCACCUGAACGGCCCCACCAUGAUGAUCGCCGAGAAGGCGGCGCACAUGAUCCUCCGGGACCUGGAGGGCGAGGACAACGAGCCCCUGGUGCCAGACGCCACGGCCGUCGUUUGAGACCUCCGUGGACGCCCCCCGUCUUCCAGGCUCAAGAACAUUGCAUCGCAACCAGCUUUCCGGCAGCCUUCUCGACGCGCUUGCGCGUUACGUCAACUUACUCUGGGUGGUGUACCGAGCAUCAUCAUAGCGUCAGUUAUCGUCAAGGCGAAGCGUCUAAACCUAUAGUGUACGUUACCACUAGUGUUGCCGUGCACCAGUUCGGGCGACGGUGCAUGAAGCUAAUAGAAUGUCGGCGUAAGAGCCUACAGACUGCAUACAAGAGCCAAACUAUAGUUCAUUCCUGCUCAUGCAAAGCAAGUUGCACCGUGUAUGUUGAAAGGUUAUUGUAUAUAGCUUAGAUCGUUCUUGAUCAUGCCAGGUAGGUUAGGCGGUGUGUGUUUGAUAAGCACGAGCGCGUCGUACGUUGCGACUGGUUGGGCUUCACAGAUCCUUGUCUUGCUGAAACCACAGAUUGGAACUUACUUUCCGCGAUAAAGUAAAUGCGCGGGAAAUCUUAGGAAUCUCGCAAAUAUCUCUACACCGCACUUUUCAUCCUUUCAAGACUGAAGGUCGUCUCGCCAACUUCGCUAGAUUUACGUAAACGAAUAAGGCCGAUUUUCCACUCAAUGAAAAAAAAAACAGCUGUGUACUCCGAAAGCAAGCCCAGGCUAUCCAGAGGGCCCAGGAAAGAGCGGAGCGUCACGGCGUUCUGUCCUUUACGUGGGCGCGGCCAGCGGCUACAAUGGCCUCCCGUUAGGAGGUCCUGAAAGUAGCUCCUCAGGACUAAAUAAAGUUCGUUGUCUGUCUGUCUGUCUGUGAAUCCAUGCUAAAGCAUCUUCACGUCUGGCGACGCAAUCUGCAAGCAUGCUAGUAACAUUGUGUAGCCCCUUAUUGAGACGCAUUAGACAAUCCUAGAAACUGCUAAAAACUUUAUAUAAUGUAUUAUGCACCUGGUACUAGGAAUUUUCAUUGCAAAGCUCGCUAGCUGGUUAUUUCGACGACGCUUUAUAGGUUGCAAUAUCGGGCUUGCGGAACUGAUAAUUGACUGAUAUAAACAGUACAAUGCAUUGAUAACAGCAUGCUUGAGCUAUUUGAAAUUGCUGGCUUUGAUUUGUCGUCCCGGACCUACGUACAGUAUGGCCUUACACACUAGCACGAAGUACCGUGGGAUUGCACGCUCGUUUACCUGCUUUAGUUUGUUGAGGUCGUGAAUAUUUUCUGUGAAGAUUUAAAAACACCCGGGUCCUGUGAUGCGCAGUGUUUGUACAAAUAAAUACAUGAACAUUCCUCAUUGAAUAAAAAUAUUCCAUCUCGAA